CAAACAUCAUUCUAUAUCGAGUCAAGCACUAUCUUUAGAUUACAAGUAGCAGAAGUAAAUGUCUGAAAAUUGCCGCUGACAAAUUGGUUUCUAUAUAAAACACUAAAAAAAAACAAUAGCUGUCGACGGCGCCGGCGGCCAUGGCGGCGACGGUGAAAGUAGCAAAACCAAUUUUCUAUACUUGCCAUCUCCAACUCCGGUAUGCCACCCACUCUACGGCGACUAAUCGACCACACGAACUCGCCGAUAAAAUAUGCCGUCUUUUGAUUCUUCAGCGUUAUACAGCAGUUGACAGUCUCAAAUUCGAUUUCUCCAACAAUCUUGUCGACUCUGUUCUUGUAAAACUCAAACUUCAUCCUAAUGCUUCAUUGCAUUUCUUCAAAUUAGCUUCAGGGCGACAAUUUUUUAGACCCCAUGUAGUAUCUUACUGCAGAAUAGUUCAUAUACUAUCCAGAGGGAGAAUGUUCGAUGAAGCUAGGUUUUAUUUAUCGGAGCUUCUAGAACUUUCUAGAAAUAAGAAAUCUGUGUCGUUUGUUUGGGACGAAUUAAUGACAGUAUAUAGAGAGUUCAAGUUUUCUCCUACAGUUUUUGAUAUGGUUUUGAAAAUCUAUGCGAAAAAGGGGUUGGUCAAGAAUGCAUUGUACGUGUUUGAUAAUAUGCCUAAGUGCGGCCGUGUGCCUAGUCUGGGUUCUUGUAAUAGUUUGUUGAAUAGUUUGGUGAAAAAAGGUGAUUUUUUUACUGUGUUUUCUGUAUAUGAUCAGAUGAUAAAGAUGGGGUUCUCUCCUGAUAUAUAUACUUGUACCAUAAUGGUUAAUGCGUAUUGUAAGGAUGGGAAGGUUGAUAAAGCUGAAAUUUUUGUUGAAGAAAUUGAGAAGAUGGAUUUGGAGUUGAGUAUUGCUACUUAUCAUAGUUUGAUUAAUGGGUAUGUGGAGAGAAAGGAUCUUAAGGGUGUCGAAAGAGUGUUGAGGGUGAUAGAUGAAAGAGGAAUUUCAAGAAAUAUAGUUACAUUCACGUUAUUGAUUAAGGGUUAUUGCAGGCUGUGUAAGAUGGAGGAAGCAGAGAAAGUGUUCAGAGAAAUGAAGGAGGUGGAUGAGCAGGUGUAUGGUGUGUUAAUUGAGGGGUUUUGUCAGAUGGGGAAAAUGGAUGAUGCGCUUAGGAUUCGGGAUGAGUUGCUGAGAUCAGGGUUUAACAUGAAUCUGUUUAUCUGUAAUUCCUUGAUAAAUGGGUACUGCAAAGCUGGUAAAAUAAGCAAUGCCGAACAGAUUGUUAGGAGCAUGAUCGACUGGAAUCUUAAACCUGAUUCUUAUAGUUAUCAUACCCUUUUAGAUGGUUAUUGUAGGGAAGGACUGAUGCAAAAUGCAUUCAACCUUUGUGAUGAGAUGAUUCAGAGUGGUAUCGAUCCAACAGUUGUCACUUACAACACUCUGCUAAAAGGAUUAAGUCGGGAAGGGGCCAUUGCUGAUGCUUUGCAUCUUUGGAAUUUGAUGCUUAAAAGAGGUAUAAUUCCUGAUGCAGUUGGAUAUAGUACUCUCUUAGAUGUAUUUCUUAACAUGGGAGAAUUUGAAAAGGCUUUGGUCUUGUGGAAACAUAUUCUAGCAAGAGGGCACCACACCAAAAGCAGGAUUCUUCUAAAUACAAUGCUCAAAGGAUUCUGUAAGAUGGGGAAAAUGGUUGAAGCCGAGCUCCUUUUUCACAAAAUGGAGGAGUUUGGCUGUUCUCCGGAUGGAGUAACUUAUAGGACCCUAAGUGAUGGGUAUUGUAAAGCAGGAGAGAUUGAAAAAGCUUUAAAAUUAAAGGGUGUCAUGGAACUGCAGAAUAUUCCUGCUUCGGUUGAAAAUUUUAAUUCACUUAUUAGUGGACUUAUAAAGGCUGGAAUGUUUAGCAAAGUCAAAGAUCUUCUUAAUGAAAUGCAUGAUAGGGAAUUAACCCCUAACAUUGUUACAUAUGGAGCCCUUAUUGCUGGUUGGUUUAAAGAAGGAUUGCCUGAGAAAGUUUAUAAAGCAUAUUUUGAUAUGAGAGAGAACGGAUUGAAUCCAAAUGUCAUAAUUGUUAGCUCUAUUGUUAAUGGAUUAUACAAACUUGGUAGAACUGAUGAUGCUAAUAUGCUCCUGCUGAAAAUACUGGAUGUAAAGUUGUAUCCUGACCUGAAACAUAUUUACGGUUUCUCAAACGUUAAGACAGGGCUGCCUGCUACACAGAAAAUUGCAGAUUCCCUUGAUGGAAAUGCAACAAAAUGUGUUGUCCCCAAUAAUGUCCUGUAUAAUAUUGUUGUGGCAGGGUUAUGCAAAUUGGGGAAGAUCGAUGAUGCAAGAGAUGUUGUAAACCACUUCUCACUAAAAGGUUUUACUCCUGAUGAGUUUACCUACUGCACCUUGGUCCAUGGCAUGUCGUCGGUUGGUAAAGUUAAUGAAGCUUUCAAUUUGCGUGAUGAGAUGCUAAUAAAGGAUCUUGUUCCAAAUAUUGCAGUAUACAAUGCUCUAAUAAAUGGCCUUUGUAAAGCAGGGAACAUUGAACGAGCAUUUAGUCUUUUCAAUAAGCUUCAUUCGAAAGGGUUAUCUCCCAAUGUUAUAACUUUUAACACUCUGAUAGAUGGAUGCUAUAAGAUUGGUAAAACUAGUGAAGCUGUGCAACUGCUGAAGAGAAUGACAGAAGAAGAAAACCUUCCGUCAUAACUUAUUCAAAUCUGAUUCCAACAAAUGCAGCUGGACUUAUUGAAUACAGUGCACAUCCAUUUUGGUCCCAGAAGUAUUGUCCUUUUCAUGAUGGAACACCCGGUUACUGUAGCUGUGAGAGAAUGGAGGUUCCUGACUGGGUCAAUCCUUGCGCAUGAGAUGAUGCAUGCAUGGCUUCGACUAAGAGGUUAUCGAACACUUAGCCAAGACGUUGAAGAAGGCAUUUGCCAGUACUAGCAUAUAUGUGAUUUGAAACCCAAAUUGAAUCCAUUUCAAGCAGCAAUGGUGCUUCAAUCUCAUUAGGCGUGUCAUCAUCAUCAAAGCAGGGGAUUAGAUCUCCUUUCGAGAGGAAAGUCGAGGAUUUCUUUAAACACCAGAAUGAAUCAGACACCUCGCCAAUUUAUGGAAACGGAUUCAGAGCUGGUAACCAGGCGUGCUUAAAUAUGGACUAGAAAGGAUGUUGGAUCAUACUCGGAUGACAGGAACCUUUCCAAAUUGAGCACAAGCAGGUUUAAUAUGCAUCUAGUAAAGCAAACGAUUCACAGAGCUUCAAGGCUGUUAAACCAGGAUAAUACAAAACUUAAAACUGAUAACAAGGUGACGGUGAAGUGCAGAAGGAGCAGUUUUCCAAGGUUUCUGGAUCUCUUUCACGCUUAUAUGUAAGCAGGCGCAGUACACCAAUUUCAUCGGUGUUAUAAAGCUCUACGAGAAGAGAGGGUCGGGCUUAUGCCCUGCCCCAUAUAUGAUAAUCUUCAUAGUGUAAGUAGAUGUAACUUUGCCAUCAAUGAACAUGAAGUUGCAAUCUUCAGUUGACUUUCAUUUCUCAUAGUAUGUUCUUGUAAGUUCAAUAAGCAUAUGACAUUCUAUAUAACAUCAAUUCCACACUGGAUUCAGGGGAAGUGAAGUAACAAAAAAGAUCAUUGGACAAUUUUGGUACUCCAUUGUCAUGUUAUUUUAUACUAUGUUACCCUUUGAAUAAUGAGUGUUUGGGUUACACUUUUA